AUGGCCGAUUCUAUGAACCUGAUCACAGCGCAGAUCUCUUUCCUUGAGGCUCAAGAAUGGUGUGAAGGGAGAGCCUAUCGAACCACGAACGAAGAAAUCAGGCUGACUCGGUUUCUCGACCCCCAGGAACCCCAUCUAGCACUCAUACACAUCCCGAUCGAAUUGUAUUCGCUCUGUCUACAGCCGAUCUUGCGACUUCUCUUUGGCGAAGAUCACGAUGAAGACGCCGCCAAAAUAUCCUGGACCAAUCGACACGAUUUCCUCAAUGUCUCUAUCACCCCCGUUGAGUGUUCCAUUAUCUGCUCGAGAAGUCUGGCAGAUCGGUUCGUCGCCCCAAUUGCGCAAGUCUUAAAUAGGCUAUACGCCAGCAGCAGCGACAAGUCGGAUCACAAGACAGAAAUCCAGAUCAGUGCCGAAGACUAUAUUGUCAUCCAGGUCGAUGGACAAGGUCUCGAUGCCGGUCAGAGAGUAUUGGAACUCACAUCUCCUCUGGCCAUGGCAGGAAUAAGCCUCUUCUUCAUUACCACUUAUUUCUCAGACUACAUACUCGUGCCGUUUCGCCAGCGCCGAACCGUCACCAAAGCCCUCCAACAGCGAGGCUUCGUGUUCUCUCACACCGCCGAUGCAUUUGUCUCUCAGCUAUCACCGUCCUCCCCGUCUCUUCCGCAAACAGGACGACCUGACAACUCUCCGAAGUCGCCGCCCCUCCAGGACAUUCUGACCCCUUUACCAACCACGCCUCCCGCUAAAGAUAUUCCAGAACUGCAAAUACGGACAUUCAGCAAAUUGAAGAGGAACAACAUCUCUCCACUCGUAGACAGCAGCAUCAGACUUGCCAAUUGUGCGGGGAGUCGGGAAUACGACCAGAUCAGUGACGAACGGCUCAAAAAUGACUUGUUACAGGUCUUGUUGGCGACCGCUGCUGCACCACUGCCUCGGUCGUCAGAUACUGGGGACAUUACCACAUCGACCAAAAGUGGUGCCGAUGUUGACGUCCAGGCCGGUGGUAGAUAUCGUCUCGCCGAGACGAUAUCUACCCCAGAGACUUCUGCCCCAGAAGAGGGUAUGGGCGUGGGGCUGACGGGGACAACAAUGACGACGACCAUCAUAUCUACUGAUGAAAACGGAAAGGGAAACACCAACGAUACUGGCAAUGGACACAGCAUCGGAACAGGCUCGGGACCAGAAUCAGACCUCGAUUUUGGCGCCAAAUUCCUCUCUCUGACAAUAACUUCUGGUGAACCCAUCUCUGUUCUCCUAGAACACAGACUGCUCGACCGUCUCGGCGGGUCGCUGCUGGGUGCCAAGUCCGAGGACGAUGCAUUGGUCCCUAUCACCUUGGAUCUGCGUGAGCUGCCGCUGGAAGCCACGGGGAUCGUAUGCGGUGUUGCGGGACGUCUUGCGCAAGGGAAGAUGGACGACGGAAGUGAAGGAGGACUCGGAGGCCGCAGCAGUCCAAAGAUGUCGGAUAAGAGCCCCGGUACUGGAAGAACUGUCGACAUCAGUCCAGAGGAAUCAAUCGAGAUUUCGUUCCUCAGUACAGCCCGAGCAGGCACGGUGAUUGUACGUGAGAGUCAGUUGGAAAAGGCGCUUGAUGCAUUGGAUUACGGGAUGAAAAGAGUGGCGGAUGGCUUCACUGAGGUACAGCCUUGA